AUGGGUGGAAAAAAUCAGUGCGAAGGUGAAGAGAACAGUCACAAUAAAACAUCUGAACAUACGACACCAACUAAAAAAUUCAUAUUGAAAAAUUCGCGUACGACUAGUCACAAUAGAAAGAGUGAACCUAAACCGCAGACGAAUGAACAUAAUAUCGACUUUAAUAACAUCAAAAGGAAUAUAUACCAUAAAUUAGAAACUUUUUCAGAACAAGAAAACAAACAAAAAAACAGUCAUACACACAGGAGUGAAAAGUAUACGUCGGCGACUUCGGACUCUGACUCUAGUGAUGACGAGCAGCCGGCGAGUAAGAAGCCUGCGUUGGUGAAGGCGUCUCCAUCUGUGGGCAAGGCUGUUAGUGGUGUAGUUGCUGGUGGUAAGAAGGUGGUCGGGAAGCCUGCGUCGUCGAGUUCCGACUCGGAUUCGAGUGAUGAGUGUAAUGCUGGAUCAGCGAAGAAGCCUGUUGGUGUAGUUGUUAGUGGUGUUAAGACAGGGAUGGGAGUUGUCCCACAAGGUGCUGCUCAGUCUGUGCAGAAGAAGAAAGUUGCGGCCGCUCCGUCGAGCUCGGACUCUGAUUCUAGUGAUGACGAGGAGCCGGCGAGUAAGAAGCCUGCGUUGGUGAAGGCGUCUCCAUCUGUGGGCAAGGCUGUUAGUGGUGUAGUUGCUGGUGGUAAGAAGGUGGUCGGGAAGCCUGCGUCGUCGAGUUCCGACUCGGAUUCGAGUGAUGAGUGUAAUGCUGGAUCAGCGAAGAAGCCUGUUGGUGUAGUUGUUAGUGGUGUUAAGACAGGGAUGGGAGUUGUCCCACAAGGUGCUGCUCAGUCUGUGCAGAAGAAGAAAGUUGCGGCCGCUCCGUCGAGCUCGGACUCUGAUUCUAGUGAUGACGAGGAGCCGGCGAGUAAGAAGCCUGCGUUGGUGAAGGCGUCUCCAUCUGUGGGCAAGGCUGUUAGUGGUGUAGUUGCUGGUGGUAAGAAGGUGGUCGGGAAGCCUGCGUCGUCGAGUUCCGACUCGGAUUCGAGUGAUGAGGGUAAUGCUGGAUCAGCGAAGAAGCCUGUUGGCGUAGUUGUUAGUGGUGUUAAGACAGGGAUGGGAGUUGUCCCACAAGGUGCUGCUCAGUCUGUGCAGAAGAAGAAAGUUGCGGCCGCUCCGUCGAGCUCGGACUCUGAUUCUAGUGAUGACGAGGAGCCGGCGAGUAAGAAGCCUGCGUUGGUGAAGGCGUCUCCAUCUGUGGGCAAGGCUGUUAGUGGUGUAGUUGCUGGUGGUAAGAAGGUGGUCGGGAAGCCUGCGUCGUCGAGUUCCGACUCGGAUUCGAGUGAUGAGUGUAAUGCUGGAUCAGCGAAGAAGCCUGUUGGUGUAGUUGUUAGUGGUGUUAAGACAGGGAUGGGAGUUGUCCCACAAGGUGCUGCUCAGUCUGUGCAGAAGAAGAAAGUUGCGGCCGCUCCGUCGAGCUCGGACUCUGAUUCUAGUGAUGACGAGCAGCCGGCGAGUAAGAAGCCUGCGUUGGUGAAGGCGUCUCCAUCUGUGGGCAAGGGCUGUUAG